CGCGGGGAGGGUGACUGCGUGCUUUUGAACGCAGGUUUUUAGUCAGGGCUAGACAGAACAAGCAAAACCUUGGGAAGAUUCAGGAAGACCCGACCGGAAAUCAUGGUAUCCAUAGAGACGCUAUCGGAAGUUGGGGUUGCUAGGAGGCCUGAGCGCGUUGGCCAAUGCGCGUCAUGGCUGAAGUCCCAGAAUAUUACGAUUCAGGCUCGGAUGAAGGAGACCUGGAGUAUGAGGACCUCAAACUGCCUAGGUCACUUAAAAUGGCUCAAGAUGGCGAAGUUGACACCACGGCAGAAGUAGGCCUGGAGCUACAGAUUGACCAGGAGCCACAACCAGAGGCGGAGGAAGAGGACCUCAAAUUGGGGGCGCCAGAGAAUGUAUACCUACACCUAAAACCGACCAGCAUGUCUGAGGAAGAGAUUCCCAGGGAGUCAGAGAUAGACCUUUCUAGCAAGACUGAUCCAGGGAUGUCCCGGGAGGCACAGUCAGAAACACUCAGAGAGAUGGAAGAGCUCUUCCAGGAUUUGGAUGUCCUUAUGCAUGAUAAGGAAGAACCAGGCUUAGAGUCACCAGAGGAGGCCAAACUAGAUCUUAGAGAGGAUGUACUCAUAGAGUUGGCUGAGGAAACAGAUCUGGAGCUACCAAAGGAGACCAAAGGGGCCUCAAUUAGUGAGACUAAUUUAGAGUUACCAGAAGAGACCAAAUUGGAAGUUCUGGAGAGUUCACUUAAAGCACAAUAUGAAGACACAGGUCUAGAAACUUCAGAGCAGACCAAACCUGAAUUUCCGAGUGAGAAACCAAGAAAAUCAAUUGAAGAGGCAGAUCUACAACCGCCAGAAGUGACCACACCAGAGAUUCCAAAGGAAGCACAGAGAGAGUCACCUAGGGAGGAAAGGACCGAACCAUCUGAGCAGGCGAAACCAGAGUUGCCAGGAGGGAAACCAAGAGAAACUGAAGAGUCAGGUCUGGAGCCAGCAGAAGAGACUAAAACCGAGGCUCCACAGGAAAUACAAAGAAAAGCAACUGAGGAGAAAGAGACAGACCCACCUCAACAGACUAAAGCAGAGUUUCCAAAGGAGAAACCAAGAAAUUCUACUGAGGAGGCAGGUCCACAGUCCCCAGAAGAGACUAAAUCAGAGAUUCCAGAGGAGGACGGAAGAAAAUCAACUGAGGAGAAACAGACAGAGCCACCUCAGCAAACUAAAUCAAAGUUUCUAGACCAGAAACCAACUAAGUCUAGUGAAGAGACACAAAGGAAAUCAACUGAGGAGAAAGUUCUAGAGCCACUAGAAGUGACCAAAUCAGAAUUUCCUGAGGAAAAAUCAAGAAAAUCAAUCAAGGAAACAGGUCUAGAGCCAUCAGGAAAGACAAAACCAGAAGUUCAAGAAGAGAUACUGAGAGAAUCAACUGUGAAGAAAGUUUUAGAACCACUAGAGGAGGACACUAAAUCAUCAGGUCAAAAUGAUAAGCAGAGAAAAUCUGCUGAGGAGAUAGGACUAGCACCACCACAGAAGAUCAAAUCAGAGGAGACAGUAAGAGAGUCAACAGAGAAGAAAGGUCUAGAGCCACCAGAACAGACUAAACCAAAGUUUCCAAAGGAAGAACCAAGAAAAUCAACUGAGGAAACAGGUCAAGUGCUGCCACAGAAGACCAAACCAGAGGUUCAAGAGAAGACACAAACAGAGGAAGCUACAGAGAAAGAUCUAGAGUUACCUGAUAAAGCCAAACUACCACUAAGAAAAGAGACACAUGUAGAAUUUUCCAAGGAAGAUUGGCCAGAACUAGUUAAAUUUAAGCAGUCUGUAGACAAGGAUCAGCUAGAGUACUCUGACUAUCAAACAAGAACGUGGUCGGUAAAAGAAACCAAGAAAGCUAAAAGAGAUUCUAUGUUUGGGUCUCCCACAAUAAGUGAAAUAGACUCAAUAAGUACAAGUUAUGAGUUCUCCAAAGAACAUAAUGGACUGUUUGAGAUUACUGAUACCAGUAGUGACUUCUACGCAUAUGUCUCAGAUUAUCAGAGGGAUUUGGGGGAGCCUUUUGGUGAAAUAGUUGAAGAUUUGUCCCCAGAGUUGAAGGAACUGGCACACAAAGAUGAAGAAACCCCGCCAAAAGAAAGUAUAGAGCUACAAUUUGAGUAUCUUAAAUGGAGCCCAGAGAAAGUUGCAGAGUGGAUUAGCAAGCUAGGCUUUCCUCAGUACAAGGAGUGUUUUACCACAAACUUCAUCAGUGGACGAAAACUCAUUCAUGUAAACUGCUCAAACCUCCCUCAGAUGGGGAUAACAGAUUUUGAGGACAUGAAGGUAAUUUCUCGGCAUACACGGGAGCUACUGGGAAUUGAAGAGCCAUUAUUCAGACGCACCAUCACCCUUCCCUACAGGGACAAUAUAGGCUUAUUUUUAGAGCAAAAAGGUCAUACUGGGGUAAAAUCUGAUUCCUUGACCUUAUCUGAAUUUGUGCAAGCAGCAGGAUUACAGGACUAUGCUCCAAAAGUAACUGCCCCUGAAAAGAAUGAAGCAUUGUAUUACACUGAACCGUAGGGAAGAGCCAUUUCACUUACCUGAAAGAUCAAACUAAACUACUUGGGGGAAGAAGUAUGGUCUUUUGGGUUCUCUUUUUAUCUUCUUCAUUAAGGAUCAGAGUUAGAACUCCUGGCUCCACCCCUAGUUCUGUCAGCACCUCGCAGCACCUUCCUUUUAUUUGGGUUUCAAUUUAGC